UCCCGAGAAUGAUGAACAACAACAACAAGAACAAUCAAAACAUGAACAUCAUAAAUCUUCAAGAAGUAAAAAAAAAUUUAUUAUCUGGUGAAUUAGUCCGUCAGAUAAUUGCCGUUGAAGAAAUUAAAAAUACUCUAGACUUAUCAAAUGAUCAAAUAAGUCGAAGCAAAUUGAUUGAUGACUUGAUGAAAUUUGACAUCACCAGGAUACUGUACACAGAAACUUUGGCAACUUCAUCAAAUGAUCUCAUGAUAUCAAUAUUAAAUCUUGCUCCAGAUUUGUCAGAGAGUAAAUAUUUUUUUAGCAAAGAAUUUGUCCAAGAGACAGUGGACAUGUUACUGAAAAUUGGUUUAAUGAUAAAUCAAUCAAAAAGUGGCAAAAAUGAAAAACAAUUAAGAGCAUUAAAUAGAGCACUCAACACAAUUUUAUCUGGAGCUGAAGCUUCGAGACAACAGUUACCAAAAAUAUGUGACAUAAUACGUUUGACAAAAUACAUAAAUGAAUUAAAUCUUGUUGAUCAUGGAUUUACAAUAUCAGCAACAAAAUUAACAUGUAUUGUUUUAAAUUAUGGUAACACAAUUAAGGAUAAAGCUGAAUUUACAGAAAUUGUAAAAUUAUUUGAAAAAAUAACAAAUGCAUUAAUGGAAAUAAUUGAUGUACAAAAAGAAUUACCAAAUGAUACAAUUUAUCAACGUGCUAUUGAAUUAUUAUUAAUAAUAUUUUAUAAAUCAGCAAAAAUAUGUCACAUAUCAGCAUUGUCUGUUCAUGUUUGUCGAGAUAAAAUUCUUCACAUUCUAUUGAAUAUCAUUGAGGUUCAUCCAGACAAAUUAAUUGUUGAUAAAUCAUUCAAAGAAAUUAAAGAAUUACUUCAGCUUGAAUCGAGAAAAGAAAAAACACGUGAAAUUAUUUGGCACAAGUUGUCAAAUGUCCUGAUGAGUUAUACAAAAGAAAAUGAAAAUAAUAUUAAAACAUAUUUAAAGCUAGUCAAUGAUUUACCAUAUAAAAAAUUUUCAAAAGAAUUAUUAUUUCGUUUUGUUGGAAUAUUUGUGGAUAAUAAAAAAACAAUUCAACAACUUUUUCAUCAAGCUAAUUUAUUGGAUAAUGAUGAUAAAUUAUCAAACGUUUGUUUUGAAUGUCUCAAACAAAUAUUUCUCAAUCAAAUUGUUUUUGAUGAAGAGUGCAAUGAUCCAGUUAUUUUUCCAUUGAUGGAUAUAUUUUAUUCACUUCGUAAUAAUUCAACAGCAAAUUCUGCAAUGCCAUCGUAUUGCUGGACAAAUAUUUUCAAUUGUUUAUCAGAAAUAUUGGAAUUUUUAAAACGCAAGGAAUACAUAAAUACACUAAAAUCAUGUCUUGAUUAUUCAGGAAAUUACAAUUUAAAAAGUAUGACUGGAUAA